AAAUAUUUUAAAUCCAACAUAAAGACUGUUCGUAAACAAUGUAUUCGAAUAAACUAAAGUUCAGCUGUUUUUUUUUUGAACAUUUUGAUGAAAAAAAAUGAGCCAACCAGUUUUACGAUCAGAAACUUUACGAUGCUAUAAGCAAAUAUUGAAAACUAUUAAUCAAGUUUUUCGAAACGAUAAUGAUGCAAUUCGUUUGACGUAUCAAAAAGCACGAGAAGAAUUUCGAAAAAGAUCUCACCUUCAGAAUCCAGAUGAGAUUCGUGAAUCUAUUCAGGUUGGCUAUGAUUCGGCUGAAAUCCUUAGACGUACUGUGAUACAAGCACGUUUGAAUGAACGUGGAAACUAUGAAGCAAAAAUUCAAACUGAGAACAUUGAUGGCAGUGGGAAAUGAUUUUUUUAUGGUUACAUUGUUCACUUUAUUGGGCAAAAAUGAUGAUGACAUAUAUUAUAAGCGGAAAAAAUAUUUAGAUCAAAGUCAAUUGAUUUUGACCUAAAAUGACAACACUGCAAGGUAGUUUCGUGAUUAAUUGUAGUUUUACAUAUAAAACAUACAGUAAAUUAUUUAAAAAAAGUCA